AGGUAAAAAUUUGGUUCCAAAAUCGUCGCACAAAAUGGAAGAAACAAAAUCCAGGCAUGGAUGUGAAUAGUCCUACGAUACCACCACCAACCGGUGGCUCUUUUGGACCAGGUGCUUAUGCCAGCAGUUUACUUUAUUCACAUGCUGUUCCCUAUCCACCAUAUGGACCCUACUUUCAUCCGCUUGGCGCGCAUCAUCUGAGUCAUUCUCAUUCAUAAAAUUGCAAAAUGCAACAUAAAUUGUUGCAACUCAUGGAAAUGCGUAAAUAGCGUAAUUCAGCCAAGAUAACUGAAGCCAAAGACGAAAUUUUUUUCAUAAUUCUAAGAAAAUUCUAUGUGAUGAUAACGUUAGACCGGGCCAGUGCAAAGUUAGGAUAAAUAAUAAUUACUACUUACAGUGCUCGAGUAAAAAUUACUCUCUUUUAGUG